AUGCCUCCCGUGUUGGCAGCUGCAGCAGCAGCAGCCUCCACAGGUGAGAAGAGGAUUGUUGCCCGGUCGGGUCGGAAGGCAAGGUGGCCGCAAGCGGUGCAGUUGGCUCUGUGCGGGCAGCGCAAGAGCCACUUAGAGCACCGGCUGAUAGUACGUCAGCGACGCGACGCUAUUUUAGAUGGCUAG